GUGAGGAGUGUGGGAUGAGCUUCAGGUGGAGCUCCCUCCUGAUCCGCCACCAGAGGAUUCACAGUGGGGACACGCCCCACAAGUGUGAGGAGUGUGGGAAGAGCUUCAGCCACAGCUCCAGCCUGAUCAGCCAUUAGAGGAUCUACAGUGAGUAAAGGCCUUACGAGUGUGGGGAGUGUGGGAAGGGCUUCAGGCACCGUUCCAGCCUGAUCUGCCACCAGAGGAUCCACACUGGAGAGAGGCCCUACGAGUGUUCUAAGUGUGGGAAGAGGUUUCAAACCAGCUCAAAUCUCCUCCAGCACUACAAGACACACACGGAGGAGAGGCCCUACGAGUGUCCUGACUGCAGGAAGGGAUUCAGGCACAACUCCAGCCUGAUCUGUCACCGGCGCGUCCACACUGGGGAAAAGCCCCACGAGUGUGAGGAGUGUGGGAAGAGCUUCCGCCAGAAGUCCCACCUCAUCCUUCACCAAAGGAUCCACACUGGGGAGAGGCCCUACGAGUGUCCUGACUGUGGAAAGGGCUUCAGGGAAAACUCCAACCUGAUCCGUCACCGGCGCGUCCACACUGGGGAAAAGCCCCACGAGUGUGAGGAGUGUGGGAAGAGCUUCCGCCAGAAGUCCCACCUCAUCCUUCACCAAAGGAUCCACACUGGGGAGAGGCCCUACGAGUGUCCUGACUGUGGAAAGGGCUUCAGGGAAAACUCCAACCUGAUCCGUCACCGGCGCGUCCACACUGGGGAAAAGCCCCACGAGUGUGAGGAGUGUGGGAAGAGCUUCCGCCAGAAGGCAACACUGAUCUGCCACCACAUGAUCCACACUGGGGAAAGGCCACACAAGUGUGGGGACUGUGGGAAGGCCUUCAGGCAGCGUUCCAGCCUAAUCAUUCACCAAAGGAUCCACACUGGGGAGAGCCACGAGUGUGAGGAGUGUGGGAAGAGCUUCAGCCACAGCUCCAGCCUGAUCCGCCACCAGAGGAUCCACACUGGGGAGAGGCCCCACGAGUGUGAGGAGUGUGGGAAGAGCUUCAGCAGGAGCUUCCACCUGAUCAACCACCAGAGGAUCCACACUGGGGAGAGGCCCCACGAGUGUGAGGAGUGUGGGAAGAGCUUCGGCCAGAGCUUCCACCUCAUCCGCCACCAAAGGAUCCACACUGGGGAGAGGCCCUACGAGUGUCCUGACUGUGGAAUGGCCUUCAGGCAGAACUCCAGCCUGAUCCGUCA